AGCGCUGGGAGCGGUGGGUACGCCCGAGCAGCGCGUUGCUGAAACUCCAGGCUGAGCGGCAACCCUGACGCAACGAGUUAGCAAAAUCCGUCAGCUGGUUUCUGUGACAGUUCGCAUCUUUGGCUCCGAACGAAAUCCUUUGGAUAAAGAGGCUGUGUCCCUGGGAGAAGGAACACAAGCGGAGCCUGUUCGUCUCCUUGAGUUGAGGAGAUGGAGCUGAGAGUCUCAGAAGAGCCAGGCAGAUGCCAUUCAUUCCCUGGACAGAAUCCUGAGGACAGCUGCACAGAGAGAGACCCAGAGAGCUGCAGAAGGGUCUCCAGCAGUCAUCAGCUCAGGAAACUAUGCAUUCCUUAAUGCCAUACACUGGCCUAAGAACACCGUGUGUUCGUUAAGGAGAGGUAUGAAAACCAAGGACCUGGUCAGCCGACUAGAACCCUGGAAUCGUCCUUUUCAAGACCUGGUGCUCCAACAUUCCUUGGCUUAACAGAGAGAAGCACCUGGGAAAAUGUGGGCAAGGAAUCUUAUGGCGAGAGCCUUAUACGACAAUGUCCCAGAGUGCGCUGAGGAGCUGGCCUUUCGCAAGGGAGACAUCCUGACGGUCAUAGAGCAGAACACGGGAGGACUAGAAGGAUGGUGGCUCUGCUCCUUGCACGGCCGGCAAGGCAUUGUCCCAGGCAACCGGGUGAAGCUUCUGAUUGGCCCCGUGCAGGAGACCUCCCCCAGUCCGGACCAGCCUACUUCUGGACUGAUGCACCAGACCUUCAGCCAACAGAAGCUCUAUCAAGUGCCAACCCCCCAGGGUGCCCCUCGAGACACUAUCUACCAAGUGCCACCUUCCUACCAAAAUCAGGGAAUUUACCAAGUACCCACUGGCCAUGGUACCCAGGAACAAGAUGUAUAUCAAGUACCACCUUCAGUGCAGAGAGGCGUAGUGGGGGCUAAUGGUCCCCACUUAAGCAAAAAGGUGAUCAUGCCGGUGAGGACAGGCCACGGCUAUGUGUACGAGUACCCAUCCAGACAGCAGAAGGACGUCUACGACAUCCCGCCUUCCCAUACCCCGCAAGGGGUCUAUGACUUCCCUCCGUCAUCAGCGAAAGGCCCUGUGUUUUCAGUUCCAGUGGGAGAGAUUAAGCCUCAAGGGGUAUAUGACAUCCCUCCUACCAAAGGGGUCCACGCCGGGCCUCCGGCUGCCUGCAGAGAUGAGGCCGGGCUUAGGGAGAAGGAGUACGACUUCCCCCCUCCCCUGAGACACGUCGGAAGGCCGGACGUCAGGCCCGAGGGCGUUUAUGACGUCCCCCCAGCCAGCAGCAAGCCCGGGGCCAAGGACCUUCCCCGGAAGUUCAACUGCGAGGCCCCGGGAGCGGCCGACCUGCCGCGAAGACACCCGAGCCUCUCCCUGCCCGCCCCCGCCCCGCAGCCGGCACCGCCCCUGGGCGCCCAGAGCGACGCCUACGACGUCCCCCGGGGGGCGCAGUUCCUCCAGCCGCCCGCAGAAAGCCGCGAGAAGGCGCACCUCGAGGAGAGGGACGGGGUGUACGACGUCCCGCUGCACAACCCGCCCGACGCCAAGGGCUCCCAGGACGUGGUGGACGGCAUGAACCGCCUGUCUUUCUCCAGCACGGGCAGCACCAGGAGCAACAUGUCCACGUCCUCCACCACCUCCAAGGAGUCCUCCCUGUCGGCCUCCCCAUCCCAGGACAAAAGGCUCUUCCUGGACCCAGACACGGCCAUCGAGAGGCUCCACCGGCUCCAGCAGACCCUGGAGACGGGCGUCUCCAGCCUGAUGGCGCUGGUCACCACUGACUGGCGGUGCUACGGGUACAUGGAGCGGCACAUCAACGAGCUGCGCACGGCCGUGGACAAGGUGGAGCUGUUCCUGAGGGACUACCUCCACUUCGCCAAGGGCACGGUGGCCAAUGCCGCCUGCCUCCCCGAACUCAGCCUCCACCACAAGAUGAAGCGGGAGCUCCAGAGGGUGGAGGACUCCCACCAGAUUCUGAACCAGACCAGCCAUGACUUAAAUGAGUGCAGCUGGUCCCUGAACAUACUGGCCAUCAACAAGCCCCAAAACAAGUGUGAUGACCUGGACCGGUUUGUGAUGGUGGCCAAGACGGUGCCGGAUGAUGCCAAGCAGCUCACCACAACCAUCCACACCAACGCAGAAGUGCUCUUCAGACCCGGCCCUGGCAGCUCCCAGGGGAAAACUGGGCCCGAGAACACCAUGAACUCCACCGAGUACCCUCACACGGGCUCCCAGAUGCACCUGCUGCAUCCUGGGGACCAUAAGACUCCCGGUCUCAACAAGCCAUUGCCCCCGAGCCUGGGCAAGGACCAGCCCCCUGACUGUAGCAGCAGUGACGGCUCGGAAAGGAGCUGGAUGGAUGACUAUGACUACGUCCACCUCCAGGGUAAGGAGGAGUUUGAGAGGCAACAGAAAGAGCUCUUGGAAAAGGAAAAUAUCAUCAAGCAGAACAAGAUGCAGCUGGAACACCACCAGCUGAGUCAGUUCCAGCUGCUGGAACAAGAAAUCACCAAGCCCGUGGAGAACGACAUGUCCAAGUGGAAGCCCUCCCAGAGCCUCCCUACCGCCAACAGCGGCGCGGGCGCCCAGGACAGGCAGCUGCUUUGCUUCUACUACGACCAGUGCGAGACCCACUACAUCUCGCUGCUCAACGCCAUCGACGCGCUCUUCAGCUGCGUCAGCUCCGCGCAGCCGCCGCGCAUCUUCGUGGCGCACAGCAAGUUCGUCAUCCUCAGCGCGCACAAACUGGUGUUCAUCGGGGACACGCUGACGCGGCAGGUGGCCGCCCAGGACAUCCGCAACAAAGUCAUGAACUCCAGCAACCAGCUCUGCGAGCAGCUCAAGACGAUCGUGUUGGCCACCAAGACGGCCGCGCUGCACUACCCCAGCACCCCGGCGCUGCAGGAGAUGGUCCACCACGUGACCGACCUGUCCCGCCACGCGCAGCUCUUCAAGCGCUCGCUGCUGGAGAUGGCCACGUUCUGAGACGGCCCGGGGGGGCUGCGGGCCGCCGCGGACACCUGGACACGGGCUCUGGUUUUGGUAAAGCUUCUCUAUUUUUGUAGAUAUUUGAUACGAAAAUGAACUUUUGUAACAUUCUGUGGGUUAGCCAAUAUCCAGAAAUUCAGGGAGCUCCGGGGAGACUUUCUUUUCCCUUUGUGGUUCUUAUGCACACACCUGAGCAUCUGAGAUGGAGAUUGUACAGAAUCUCGUCUGCGUGCGUGGGUAGGACUGUGUCUUCGUGUCCGUUUGUCUCAUACAUUCCAUUAAAAACCAGAAGUAAGACGCACCUUGGGAGGCACCUCCCAAUGCUGCAUUUUUUUUUUUCUUUUUCUAUGAAACAUACCAGCUGAUUGUAAUUGCUACAUGUACUCGUGAUUAUUCUGAGCCUGUCACUCCCCGGUCUGGGACACAUAUCUGCAGGUGUUCACUUUCCAGUAAGGUGGCAUGGGAUGCCUUGUUUCUGCUUUUGAAACCCCUUCCUAAUUUGGCCGUCUUGGGCACAUUAUGGCAAGAUGCCUCAUGUCUGGCUGAAAAAGCCCUCUGAGAGGGGACGUUGCAGUGAGUAUAUGCUAAUCCAAACUCUGAUGUGUUCAGUGCUGAAGGAGUGACGCAUGUAUUUAGAGGCCACGUCCGCAGUUAGGGCUGGGAGGUUUCAGCACGGACAGGAUGCUGUCCCAGUAAAAGGAGAGCACGUGUUUCCCCGGGGCUUUUUGCUCAUCGGCCUUCGGGAGUGAUUGGGCCAGAUUUUCCAGAAGAUGUUUUUAGAUUUGCAAAAAUCAUGAUUUGCAGCAGGAAUUCACAAAGACACGUCCACAAAAAGAAGGAUGCUCCCAUCUGCCAGUUGUCGGUGGAGACCUUUCUGACUCGUGACAUUCCCUUAGGUGCUACUACCCCCAUCAGCCAAGGGAAGCUGGCCACCUGAACAUCAGAGCCACCAGGCCACAUCCUGCUCUAAGGGAACCAGUGCUUGAUCCUCUACCCUCCAUAAAGUGUGCAUGUGCAGACUCAACACUCAGAACAGCUGUAUGGAACCCAUCCAGGCUUUACAGCUGUCUGGCCAAUGACCCUGUGUACACAGCCCACCACCGUCUCCAAGCUCAUCACAGCAUUCAUUCCGCCGUCUGUCCUUGCGUACGUGCUGGGGGUUGGCAGCGCGCAAAACACCCCACAAGCCAUCGGAUUCAUCAUGGGACAAGUGAUAUAUUCGCACAUCCCUAAGUCAGGAAGAGGAUCAUCUGUGGUUUAUCAGUCCAGUUUCUAUUUAAUGGUCCUGGUCCAGCCAAUUUGAAAAUGUUUUGGUUUGCAAUAUAUGCCUUGACUUAAUUAAGCUUCCGUGUUUUAAACAACCAAAUCAUUGGCACAGGAAGGGAUUUAGGAGAGAGGGAUGUGUGAUAUAAGUGAGAUUUUAAAAAAAAAAUCAGUGAUACUUAUCAUAGAAGGUGCUUUUCAAAACAACCACUGUUGCAGCUCUCAAUCCUGCUCUGCCCAAAGAAGUCGUUAUAGGACAAGUGUGUGCAGCCAGAGGAAGGGGGUUUGCUGAAAAUCAAGGAAGUGGUUGAAAAUGUCCUUGUAAAUUUCAUUGUAUAAUGUGUAUUUCUUGGGAAAUGACAGACUUAUUCUAAGCUAAGUGGUGAUAUUUCACAUUUUCAAAACCAAAAUGUUCGAUAUGUAUUACUCUCUUUCCUAUAUUGUAUGUAGAGACUAUUUUUAAAUCAUUAAAUUUUUAGAUGUCUGUUUUUAUAGGCA